AUGGACCAAAAGCGCCCGCGCGAGGACGCCGCGCCCGCGUCCGCGCCGAAGCGCAAGAAGCACUCGUUCCCCCUAUUUCUCGGCGGCGUGCAGCCCUACUGGUACAAGGACAAUCGGGCCCGCGCCGAGAGCGCCGCCGCCGCGUACCUCCGCGACCGAACGAACCACAACGAUGUGACCGUCGAACUCGACGUACCGCCCUACGGCCAGGGCAAGCCCAAGGGCACGGCGUGGUUCCACGGCUCCGGCGACGCGCCGCUCCGCGCGGCACGGCGCGCCAUCGGGAAGUACGACGCGAUCGACCCUCACUCGCGCAACCACACGAAGACCGUCAUGUUCAGGGAAGUCAAGGAGCGCCACGACCUCGAGAGCGCGGAACAGGAACUCAUGGACGAGAUCUGCGCCGAGGCCGAGGCCAAAGCCGCCGACGCCGCGCCGCGGCCAGCGCAGACGCCGGUCGCGCGCACGCCCGCGCCGGCCGCCGUGCCGCCGGCGCCGGCCGCGCUCGUGCCCGCGAGCGUGACAUGGCCCGAGGAGGUCUGGAGCCGCGCUCUCCCGGCGCCGAGCGUGUUCAACAGCCUCCUCGCGUUCGGGCGGCCGCUGAUCCACCGGGUACUGGCCGCGGCGCGGGAGCAGGUCACCGGCGACAAGGACGACCGGCGCAUCUGGGCCUUCGACUUGCCACCGCGUGCCGGUUCGGGCGGCGCACCGAAGCGGUGGCUCGUGGCGACGCCGGCCGAGUUCGACGCAGCGUACGCGUGCGUGCCGGCGGGCCGCCGCCACGCGUACGAGGUCAUCGACGCGCGGCGGCCCUGCUGGGCCUACUUCGACCUCGAGUUCACGCGAAAGGACGGCCUCAACGCGGCCGUCGACGGCGACGCGCUCACGAAGCGCGUCGUGUCCGCAGCGUGCCACGCGUUGGUGGCCGCCGCCGGCGACCGGCCGCUGGAGAUCGAGGUGAUCGUGCUCGCGUCGGCGCGGCCGACGAAGUUCUCGCGCCACGUCGUCCUCCGGUCGCACUGGACGGACGGCGCGCGGCGCGCGGCGCCGCUCGCCGGCUCGCAGCACGCCGGCCAUCUCGCGCGGCGCGUGGUCGCGGCGCUCGGCGACGCGCUGACCGUGCAGAGCGGCGACGCGCGGACGACGACGAGCUUCGUCGACACCGGCGUCUACACGCGCGACCGCUGCUUCCGCGUCUGGGGGUCGACGAAGCACGGCGACACCGCGGGCGCGGCGUUCGCCGUGACGGAGCAGAGGCUGUUUCCCGGCUCCCGGCCCGUCGCGUUUACGCGGUCGGAGCUCCGCGAGACGCUGGUCGUACCGGAACUACAACCAGGAGAAAUUGACUGCCUCGAGAUCGAAGCGCCCGUCGAGCCGCCGCCGCCGCCGCCGUCUCCGGGCGCCGCCGAGGAGGCCGCGGCGCCCGCGGCGCCCGCGGCGCCCGCGGCGGCCGUGGACGCGGACUCCUGGGAGAGUUCGUGGGACGGCGCCACCGCGACGCCGCUGCUCGACGCGACGGCGCUCCCCCACAAGUUCAUCAUCGCGCGAGCGGGCGACCGAGGCCAGCCACCGGCGCUGUUCGCCGCUGCUGCGACCGUGGCGCUCGCGGCGCUCCGGCGCGACCAUCGCGACAACGGCGACCCCGCGCUGAUGUCCUGGCGCUACGUCGCCGCGGAAUUCCCGUCGGAACGGUACCUCCACCUCAACGUCAAGGGCCAGGGCGUCUUCUGUCGAAGCCGCGGCCGGCCGCACCAGAAUCAGAACCUCGUCGUGACCGUCGACCCGGUCAACGGCCGCUGCUGGCAGCGCUGCUACGACGGUGCCGACUGCGCGCGCGACGUGCCCACGACGAGCGGCGGCGUCUGCCGCCUCGCGAACCGCCACGAGCUCGCCGCGCCGGCGGACGACCUCAAGGUCGACCGCGCCGCGCUAUGCAGUUUCGAGCAAUCCGCGCGGCGUUUAUAG